AUGUCUUCCUCUACCGACAUCAAUCCUCGAAGACUCGUCGGAAUAACAGCAGAGCGGGCAACAAACGUCUCCAAUGCUGAGUUUCCCGGUCAUUAUCCUGGAGAAGACCACUCUUGGGAUCUACAAAAAUUUUAUGAAAAUACGACCGUUCGUGUAACAAAACUAUCCAACCGGUCGAUUGAAUUUGACAUUAUCGGUGUGGACGCUUCGAUAGCGAAUGCGUUUAGGAGGAUAAUGCUUGCAGAGGUACCCACAGUUGCGAUAGAACGAGUAUACGUGUUUGACAACACUUCCAUUAUUCAAGACGAAGUUCUAGCCCACCGAAUAGGCUUGGUACCGUUGAAUGUAGAUCCGGGUAUUAUGGAUUAUAGGGAUCCCAACGACGAAACUCUAGCAACAGAUCGCAACACUAUCGUUUUCAAAGUAGACUUGACAUGUACCAGAAACCCUUCCGUACCCAAAGGCAGCAGCGAAGACCCAGCGGUCUUAUAUACCAACCACGAAUUCCUUUCUUCACAUCUAGUCUGGCAGCCAGCAGGAGAACAAGAAACCGUUUUUGCUGAAGUCGAUAAACCAGGAUCUACGAAUCCCAACAUCGUCCUAGCGAAACUCAGACCUGGCCAGUCGAUAAAUAUGGAGCUACAUGCUGUAAAGGGGGUUGGGAAGGAUCAUGCAAAGUUUAAUCCUGUCGCAACUGCAUCUUACCGCCUUCAUCCAAACAUCGUCCUAAAAGGAGACAUACCUCCCGAUCGAAUCGAAGCACUCAAAAAAUGCUUUGCCCCCGGUGUAGUCCGCGUGAAUUCCCUCACGGGAAAACCUUACAUCGACAGAGAAGCAAUGCGCGGAGAUUAUGUCACUAGGGAGGUUCUCCGUCAUCCAGAUCUUGCGGAUAAAGUCGAGCUUUCCCGGAUACGAGAUCAUUUUAUUUUCGGUGUCGAAACAGAAGGUGCAUAUAAGCCUGAAGCCCUUCUACCCGAGGCUAUCAAAGUCAUGCGAUCAAAAAUAUCAACGAUGAAGGCAGCUGCUGAAGCGCUGUUGGAAGUAAAGCGGCAAGAGGACGUGACGAUGGGGGAAUCGUAG